AUCGACUCGGCUCCGCCCCCAAGGCGUCCAAAGGGUUGACAGGACGCCCUAGGCUACUUUCAUGAAUUUUGGAAAAGGGUGACUUGGACAUCCACCUUUUCCAAUGAGAUUACCUGAGAAUUUGGGGGCUCCUGCUACAGGUCCCGAAGCUCUUCCUUAGAGAGUGAUAGAUGAGGAACUUCCGGCCUCCCAACGCUGGGGGGCACUGUGAUCUCUCAGUGACCUCUUGGCGACCGGAACACAUGGCGCAAGCGCAGUAUCCGCUUUUUAGCCGGCUUCACACGUGUAAACCUGGUGGGCAAGUUUUUCGACCAAAAUGCCCAAAUUCAAGGUGACGCGUGGUGCCAGAAAUCAGGAGAAGCAUGCACCUCUGGCCGAGCAGAUCCUGGCUGGGAACGCAGUGCGCGCGGGGACCCGAGAAAAACGGCGGGGGGGUGAGGUCGAAGAGGAGGAAGAGUAUGUGGGACCCCGGCUAAGCAGACGGAUUUUGCAGCAAGCCCGACAACAGCNGGAGGAGCUCGAAACUGACCAUGGGGCUGGAGAUCGGUCAGCACCACCGCGAGAGCGCGCCACGCGGCUGGGGCCGGGAUUGCCACAGGAUGGAUCGGAUGAGGAGGAUGAGGAGUGGCCUACCCUGGAGAAGGCAGCCAAAAUGACCGGGGUGGACCACCAGGCAGAGGUGAUCGUGGACCCUGAAGAUGAGCGUGCCAUUGAAAUGUUCAUGAACAAGAACCCUCCCGUGAGGCGCACCCUGGCUGAUAUUAUCAUGGAGAAGUUGACUGAGAAGCAGACAGAGGUGGAGACUGUCAUGUCAGAGGUAUCGGGCUUCCCUAUGCCUCAGCUGGAUCCCCGGAUCCUGGAAGUCUACCGAGGAGUCCGGGAGGUGUUAUGUAAGUACCGCAGUGGGAAAAUGCCCAAAGCUUUUAAGAUCAUCCCCGCACUNUCCAACUGGGAGCAGAUCCUCUAUGUCACUGAGCCUGAGGCCUGGACUGCAGCCGCCAUGUUUCAAGCCACCAGGAUUUUUGCCUCUAACUUGAAGGAGCGCAUGGCUCAGCGCUUCUACAACCUUGUCCUGCUUCCCCGAGUGCGAGAUGACAUUGCUGAAUACAAACGACUCAACUUUCACCUCUACAUGGCGCUCAAGAAGGCCCUGUUCAAGCCUGGAGCCUGGUUCAAAGGAAUCCUGAUCCCACUAUGUGAGUCUGGCACCUGUACCCUCCGAGAAGCCAUCAUCGUAGGCAGCAUCAUCACCAAGUGCUCCAUCCCCGUGCUGCACUCCAGUGCGGCCAUGCUGAAGAUCGCGGAAAUGGAAUACAGNGGUGCCAACAGCAUCUUCCUGCGCCUGCUGCUGGAUAAGAAGUACGCAUUGCCCUACCGCGUGCUCGACGCUCUCGUCUUCCACUUUCUGGCCUUCCGAAAGGAAAAGCGCCAGCUGCCUGUCCUCUGGCACCAAUGCCUGCUGACACUAGCGCAGCGCUACAAGGCUGACCUGGCCACAGAGCAGAAGGAGGCCCUCCUGGAACUGCUCCGGCUGCAGCCCCACCCGCAGCUGUCCCCUGAAAUCAGGCGUGAGCUUCAGAGUGCAGUCCCCAGAGACGUGGAGGAUGGUGUUGUCACCAUGGAAUGAGAACAGUCACCUGUGUUGGCCCAGGGGGCGCAGGACCACCCCAGGACCCCAGCUGGUNUAGUUAAAGACCUAGGUCAAGACACUNAAGGGUUACUAUGGCUGCCNUGGNCUAAACCUGNGCAGGGAGGACUGCAUCUGGUUGGCUUUCUCUGCCAUUUUAGGCUUUGGUCCCUGCUCACUUCUAGAAGCUAACCGGAGUUACCUCAGUUCAGUUCAGCAACCCCACAANCCACCUGGCAGUUGGUAUAAGGUCUGCUCUCUCCAGAUACUGUGUAAGCUCACUGGGGUGCAGAGAAAACAGGCAUUUAUUUAUCGCAGCUCUUGUGUUUUGGUCCCUGGAGGUUCCUGCCUCUCUCCCCCGUCACCCACGGGGAGAGGUGGGAGUCACUGCUGGCUCCUCCCUGUUCCCAGCUCAGAAGAGCGGGUUCUUACUUCCCACAGAACCCUCACCCCACCUUAUUCUUCAAA